GCAGCUUUGCCUGAGUGGGGUAUUUCCAGCUUUGUGGCUUUCACUUCCACAUCUGCCAAGUGGGCGGAGUGGCCUCUGUGGACGAAUCAGAUUCCUCCCCAGCACCAACUUCAAGAGGCGAGCCAGGGCUCAGGGUCCCAAACACAAGGGAGGUGGCAGCAGCAGCAGCAACAGCAUCAGAACUGUGGGAAGACCAGAGGCCAGAGCCAUGGAAGACCAGCGCGACCUCAUCUCCAACCAUGAGCAGCUGCCCAUGCUGGGCCAGAGACCCGGACCCCAGGAUGGCAAAUGCAGCCGUGGAGCCCUGUACACAGGGUUUUCUGUCCUGGUCGCUCUGCUCCUGGCUGGCCAGGCCACCACUGCCUACUUCCUGUACCAGCAACAGGGCCGGCUGGACAAGCUGACAGUCACCUCACAGAACCUGCAGCUGGAGAACUUGCGCAUGAAGAUGCCCAAGACUUCCAAGCCAGUGAGCCAGAUGCGGAUGGCCACACCCCUGCUGAUGCGGGCGCUGCCCAUGGAAGGCCUGCUCCAGGGGCCCAUGCAGAAUGCCACCAAGUACGGCAACACAACCCAGGACCACGUGAUGCACACACUCCUGAAGUCUGACCCUCUGAAAGUGUACCCUCAGUUGAAGGGAAGCUUCCUCGAGAAUCUGAAACACCUCAAGAACACCAUGGAAAGCCUGGACUGGAAGGUCUUUGAGAGCUGGAUGCACCACUGGCUCCUUUUCGAAAUGAGCAGGAACUCUCUGGAGGAGAAACCCACUGAGGCGCCACCCAAAGUACUGUCCAAGUGCCAGGAAGAGGUCAGCCACAUCCCUGCUGUCCAUCCGGGCACGUUCCGUCCCCAGUGUGAUGAGAAUGGCAACUAUAUGCCGCUCCAGUGCCACGGGAGCACCGGCUACUGCUGGUGCGUCUUCCCCAACGGUACUGAGGUGCCUCACACCAGGAGCCACGGGCACCAUAACUGCAGUGAGCCUCUGGAGGCCGAGGACCUGUCUUCCGGGCUGGGUGUGACCAAGCAGGAGCUAGGCCCAGUCACCAUAUGAGGACAGCAGGCACCAUCUCCAGCACCUUGCCAGCUCUGCAAGCCCUGCGGCUGCAGCUUUCUCACUUCCCUGCGCUGCCAACCCUCUCCCCCUCUCCUUUUCCCCAGACCUCGGAUCCCCCAAGCUCACCUUUCCAAUGUCUCUCAUCCCACAAGGCACUGAGGCCUGGCUUCCCAUGUCAUCCUUGGACAACAGAUCCAAUCAGAACAGCACACAAGGACGUGGGACGGCCCUGCUGUCCACCCCACCAUCUGCUCACACGAACACAAAGGCCAAGGGGGCCUCAAACCAGGCAUCCCCUAUUUGAUAUCACAGCAGUCUCUACUAUUGGGCUCUGAGAUCCAGACUCACAGACAGGGAAAGGGACACCUCAUUCCUAAACCCUAUGGUGGACACAUCGGCUGCCCUCUCCAUCACUCUCCAAGGAAAAACCCAGCCGCCCCCUCAUUCCACAACCCCUCCUUGCUUCCCACCAAGCCCAGUUCCCUGUGUAGCCAUGCUUGUCAUCAGCUCUUGGGGCCAUGGCUUUAUGCAAGAAUAAAAGGAGUUAAGUAGAA